UGCCGAAAAGUCACGUCUUCGACACCACCAUGGGACGGACUGCAGAAAUCAGAUGUUUGCUAAUUUUACUUGGAUUUAAUUUAUGCGUAAAUUUAGUCCAAGCAGCUUUCGCAAAUGUUGGCGUGAAGUAUCAAGUUACACUCAACGUGUUUUCGGGUCGGGAAAAUCCGGAAUGGGAAGUAGACGAGACCAACUCCAUGUACCAACAACUGUCAUGGGCCGUCAACAGCGAGCGACCUACAGACAUCGAUGAGCGACACAUGGGCUACCAAGGUUUUGUUGUAAGAGCUACGAACGCCCACGGCCAAACGGCAUGGAAGACGGUCGGCCGCUACACGAGCCGGCGCAUCGAGAGUAUUCUCCUGAAGUCCUGCCCAUCUAGCGUGGGGCUCAGUCCUCAGCUGGUGAAUCACGUGAACGCCGCAAUUUUGGGACAGCUCCCACAAACUCCGCAACCAAAGACCGUUUCCAAAGCGCACGUGACGUAUAACAAUGAGGAGGACACGAUUAGCGUCAGCAUCCGCCAACAUUUCCUCGUGCGCCGGAAGCGUCAGGCCCAGAUGUGCGCCACGCGGUUUGCGCCGGAAAACUGGAACUACGCUUCAGUGCAGCGCAGAAACAACUGCUACAACUAUGCAACCAACAUGCAGACCAACACAUUUGCUCAGCCAGGCCGAGCAUCCGGUAGACGCUACACACAGACCACGCCGCAGGACGUAUACGCCGCUUCAUUGCGCGAUGGUUUGACGCCGCUCAGCAUACCGGACGCCGGAAGAGAGUGCCUGAUCGCCCUUGUGAUCUGGCCGGGUGAGGACUACCACUAUCUGCGCCUAGACAACGACGGAACCUGGUCCCAGAAGAGUGGCCGCACGCGCGCCCGUAACACCGACGACAGUGGAUUCACAAUCACGGAUCCCCGCAUGGCUGACACCGGUCCGUACACCGUGUUUGCCGGAUUCCUCGGCGUCGGCCCAAACGCCAACAUCCGAUAAUUCAUUCCCUGAACAAAAAAUGACUUCAAACCAGGCUAUUACAAUCAUGGAACGCACUCAACUCGGUCACGUCUUUGACAUUGUGGAGAAUAAUAUUUAAUCGAAAACUUAUCAGAUAUGGACUUUUACUGUGCAAUGUUUAUGCUCGUGUUGAUGAUCGCAUUAGUGUUUAUGCAAUACCUGACCGGAGGGCCAUUGACAUCUAUACAGCUUCCUUCAACUGAACCCGUAGGCAUUGUUGACAAUCCUUGUGUAGUUUUUCAUAGAUGAUAAGCUUCUUGAAUAAAAUAUCUCGUUUUUUGUGUAAACAGAGUGAAAAACAAUUAAGUUUUCAAAAUAAAUUCGUUUUUCAAGUG